CGGCCGGGGCGGGACGUCACUUCUGGCGGCGCCGAAUGAAAUGGCGAGCGGUGGCGGCGGUGGCGGCGGUGCGGGGAAGAUGGCGGACAAGGAAAAGAAGAAGAAGGAGAGCAUCUUGGACCUCUCCAAGUACAUCGACAAGACCAUCCGGGUGAAGUUCCAGGGCGGGCGGGAAGCAAGUGGCGUCUUGAAAGGAUUUGACCCUCUUCUGAACCUCGUGCUGGAUGGUACCAUUGAGUAUAUGCGAGAUCCGGAUGACCAAUUCAAAUUAACAGAAGACACACGUCAGCUGGGACUUGUGGUUUGCAGAGGGACUUCUGUGGUUCUUAUUUGUCCACAGGAUGGAAUGGAAGCUAUUCCAAACCCUUUCAUUCAGCAACAAGAUGGUUAAUGCUUUCUUUGGAUUGCCUCUGAAGGCUUCAAGGGUGCAAGUCAUUGGAGAAUCAGUGUGUGAGAAACUUCCUGUUUUGGGGAGGGAGUUUGAAUGUGUAUUUGUUAGUGUGAAAAAAACAGUCAGCUUUUAUUUUUGUGGCUUUCCAUAAAUGAUGUAAGGAUGGGGCGUGCAAGAAGUUCUGGUUUCCCCCCACCAGCCCCAAAUGAGGGUGUAACUACAUUGUUUAGAGCUGACAGGAGAGAACAAAUUAUCAUUAAUUGUCUGAGACCCUCUUGAUCUUGUGAGUUUUGAAACAAACCAAUUAAAUUAGUUAAGAAUGCCCUAAAUAUUGGUUAUAUUCUUUACAUUUAAAAAUACAUUAAAUUGUAUUUAAUCUAAAUCAAAGCCUAAAUACAUUAAAACAUGUUUUUCUUCCUCUUAGAUGUCAGUAGUCAGCUGGGAAGCAUUGUGUUAUAUUCUUCCUGCUGUUGAGUUCAGUCUCUUUUGUGCAGGGAAAUUACCUUCCUUGUUUAGUACUGUGUUACCACCUUGGCAGGGGUUGUAGCCAAGAAGGUCUUUUCCAGCACUUGUUCCAGAUCUGGUGCACUGUGAUCUGUGUGUCAGCUGGCUCACACAUUCCUUCAGAAGGACUGGACUAACUUGUGGGAUGAUUCUUUGUUGAGUAACUUGAACCUUACAGAGGUAUCUGUUUGAUACUUGGAAUUUUAGGGGAAGAAUAUUUAAAAUUCCAAUGUUCAGUUGUUGGCAGUGCUGGAAAUACUGCAUAUUUUUAUAUUGUAGCUAUCCACUUAUGGUUCUGCUUGUUAUAACUUGAUUUGUAAGUAAACAUUUUUAUUUCUUUUAUACUGCAGAAAAUGCAAGAUUUGAGGAGUUUCGAGUGAAUAAAUACAGAUGAAUCUGUUUCUAAA